AUGGUUUCCUUCAAGUCUCUGCUUCUUGCCGCUGUGGCUACUACCAGCGUCCUCGCUGCUCCCUUCGACUUCCUUCGUGAGCGCGAAGAUGGCAACGCGACUGCUCUUCUUGAGAAGCGUCAGUCUACUCCCAGCUCCGAGGGAUACCACAACGGAUACUUCUACUCGUGGUGGACUGAUGGAGGUGGCUCUGCCCAGUACACCAUGGGCGAGGGCAGCAGGUACUCUGUGACCUGGAGGAACACUGGCAACUUUGUUGGUGGCAAGGGGUGGAAUCCUGGAAACGGCCGUGUCAUCAACUAUGGCGGAGCCUUCAACCCCCAGGGCAACGGAUACCUCGCCGUGUACGGAUGGACUCGCAACCCGCUUGUCGAGUACUACGUCAUUGAAUCCUAUGGAACCUACAACCCCAGCAGUGGAGCCCAGAUCAAGGGAAGCUUCCAGACUGACGGUGGUACUUACAACGUCGCCGUCUCCACUCGUUACAACCAGCCCUCCAUUGACGGAACAAGGACCUUUCAGCAGUACUGGUCUGUCCGCACCCAGAAGCGUGUCGGUGGAAGCGUAAACAUGCAGAACCACUUCAACGCUUGGUCCCGCUAUGGCUUGAACCUUGGUCAACACUACUACCAGAUCGUCGCCACUGAGGGUUACCAGUCUUCUGGAAGCUCUGACAUCUACGUGCAGACCCAGUAG